AACAUAACCAUAGCAAAGAGUAGCAUGAAUCUGUCUACUUUUGCUCGUACCUCUCUGCUUCAUCUAUCUCCUCUUCGCUCAACUUCUUCUACGAGGGAUAAUGCAACUGAAAGUGUUGCCAUCGAGGGUUGUAAUAUAAACUACUCGGUUAAUUUGAACAAAAUUUGGUCUGAAUAUAUCUAAAAUAAACUUUUUUUGCAAACAAUGAAUUAAGCAUUUAAUUAAUCCAAAAAAGGCAGUUAAUCAAGCAAGGGGCUUUACUUUGAGCUAAGCAAAAAGGUGGGCAAUAAAGGCCAGUCAAUACGGAAAAAGAACCAGUGUCAAGGAAAACACAAGCUCUAUCAUUCAACCACUCAGCAGCCAACGCGAAAACAAAGAAAUUUCAAAAGCAUAAAUAAAAAAAAUCCCAACAAGUCUAAUAAAAAAGGAAAUCUGGGAGGUUUUCAUUGAAGAGCCUGUUGUUUGUAUUUUAUUUUUUUUGUAUACGUUAUCAAACAAACUCAUUGAGAACUCUCAGCCCUCUCAACUUCCCUUUUUUUUAAUAUUCUUCUUUUUGUUCUUUGCUUUUCUCGCUCAAAUCUCAAAAGCGUCUUUUCUUUAUUUCUCUCCAAGUUUCUUAAAUCUAUUCUUCUUUGGAUUCUCACUGUUGGGUUUCUUUCUCUGAUCGUUACAGUAUAGAAUUUGAAUGCUGCUUAUGCAUUCAAAUUCCGGAGCUAUCAAUUUCUGAGUUUGAUGGGUUCAAGAUGAGAUACGACAUGACAUGACAUGACCCGCCUGUUUCAUACGACCCUUUUCCGUAUGGUAUGGCUACCGAAGAUUUCAAGGUCUCAAAGUGCUGAGAGUGGAUGCUUGGUGCAGCUGCCGCCAACUGUAACAUUCCCCCCACAGCAUAGAGAAUAGAUAAUCCAUAAAAUCCCGUUCAACAUAACCAUAGCAAAGACUAGCAUGAAUCUGUCUACUCUUGCUCGCACCUCUCUGCUUCAUUUAUCUCCUCUUCGCUCAACUUCUUCUACGAGGGAUAAUGCAGCUGAAAGUGUUGCCAUCGAGGGUCGUAAUAUUAACUUCUCGGUUAAUACGAGGCAAGGCAAAAUGGUGCCAAUUCUCAAGGAUUGUUCAAUUCGGAUUCCUUCCGGACAGUUGUGGAUGCUUCUUGGACCUAAUGGUUGCGGUAAAUCUACCCUUUUAAAGAUCUUGGCAGGUCUUUUGACCCCUACAAACGGGGCUUUAUACGUUAGGAGGCCAAAGAGUUAUGUAUUCCAAAAUCCAGACCAUCAGGUUGUGAUGCCUACAGUUGAAGCAGAUGUUGCAUUUGGCCUUGGGAGAUUAAACUUAACUAACUCUGAAGUUAGAUCCAGGGUGUCAAAAGCUUUGGAAGCUGUUGGCAUGUCUGAAUAUCUACAGAGGCCAGUUCAAACACUUAGUGGUGGUCAAAAGCAAAGGGUUGCCAUUGCUGGUGCUUUAGCUGAAGCAUGUAAAGUUCUGCUUCUCGAUGAGCUUACGACUUUUUUGGAUGAAAGUGAUCAGAUGGGGGUGAUAAAAGCGGUUCAGAAUCUUUUGGAUAUAUCAGGAGAAGUCACAGCAUUGUGGGUGACCCAUCGUUUGGAAGAACUCGAGUAUGCCGAUGGUGCAGUAUACAUGGAAGAUGGAAGAGUGAUUAUGCAUGGUGAUGCAGCAAGCAUAAGUAAGUUCAUCAAAGGCAAGCAAUCUUCAUAUAUCGACCGUAUAAAUUCUUGAGUCCAUUGCCUCCUCUUUUUUUUCCCUUCCUCUCUAUAUGUUGAUUAUCUUUUGUAUAAUAAAUUUACAAUGUUUGAGCAACGAUUACCAUGUCAUCUUACUGUGUUUUGGUAAAGCAAAUGUAUGUUUAUGAAUAUGAUUUUGGAGUCUGUUUGAACA